CACUGUGGCAGUCAUUGUGACUCUGAGAAACAGCCACGAGGGAGUGCGAACGCAAGUCUAGUGGAACAGAGAAAAAAAUUAUAACCCGCUGCCCAAGAUCCUCAAAAUGGUGACCGCUAAAGUGUGGAAACUGGCCAAGCGACCAGACGGCGUGCCCAAGAGAGAAGACUUUGAGUGUGUGAAAGAAGAGUUAGUUUGCGGAAAUGGAGAUGUUAUUACUGAGGCUGAAUUUUUGAGUGUAGAUCCAUACAUGCGCUACAAGGUCAGGCAAAUCCCGCUCAAUUCCACUGUUGUCGGUACUCAGGUUGCACGAGUGAUUGAGAGCAAGAACCCAGAGUGGCCAGUGGGUACGUACGUUGUGUCUCCGUCUGGCUGGCGCUCUCACACCCGACUCACCGAGAAGGACUUCAACGCUGACAACUUUUUCCAGAAGCCCAUGAAGCUACCAGAGAUGGGAGACUUGCCCAAGAGUCUUGGCUUAGGGAUUCUAGGCAUGCCGGGAAAUACAGCCUACUUCGGGUUGCUUGAUAUCUGCCAGCCAAAAGCAGGAGAGACCGUAUUGGUAAACGCUGCAGCUGGGGCAGUUGGCAGUGCUGUCAUCCAGAUUGCAAAGAUCAAGGGCUGUAAGGUAAUUGCAUUUGCGGGUUCUGAAGAAAAGGUAGCAUGGACUAAAGAACUGGGGGCAGACUACGCCUUCAACUACAAAACAACCGACAUCGGGGAAGCGCUCAGUCAGGCAGCACCAGAAAAUAUUCAUUGCUUCUUUGAAAAUGUUGGAGGGCAGUUCACAGCUGAAGCCCUGCCUCACAUGGCAGAGAGGGGCAGAAUGGCAAUUUGUGGUGUCAUUUCAGAGUAUAAUGACAACGACAAAGAUAUUGGGGUGGUGUCAAUGAUUAGUCCACUGAAUCAAGCCACGUUACUUUGGAAAGAAUUGAAAGUAGAAGGCUUUAUUGUUACACGUUGGUUUGAUCGCUGGAUGGAGGGAAUUGAUCAGUUAAAGCAGUGGAUCAUUGAGGGCAAACUCAAGUACAAGGAAACAAUAGUAAAGGGAUUUGACAAAAUGCCUGAAGCCUUCAUUGGCCUAUUCCACGGUGACAACAUUGGCAAAGCUAUUGUAACAGCCUGAAGAACUAGAGGACAGGAUAGCUACAUUUAAUUUUUUCUAAUUGUGGCUAUUAGUAAAUUUGACGAGGAAAAUUGUUUCACUACCUAAUUAGCUUGCAACUUACGCCUAACGUAAGUGUUCAAACAGAUAGGAUUGUAAGCAAUAAGCUAGAUUUUAAAAGUGCUAUAUGUAGGUACAAGAAGGAAAUCCAUAAAUUUGAAAACAUUUAAUUAAGUCAAGAAAAUUAUACAGAUUUCUUAUAUUCAUCGGAUAUGAAGGUUGGCUUGGUAAUGCCGAAAAUGAACUUCGGAACAUGUCAAAAUUGUUUUAAGUUUAGACAAUAUGUUUAUCUUUGUUUAAACCGUCAAUCAUAGAGUCAUUUCUGACUACACAAGGUGACGGCAGAUUAAACCUGGUGUGAAAAAAAUGCUGAUUUUAUUACAGGAAAUAAAGGUUAUGUAUACAG